AUUUUUUAAACAGCGAGAGGACGAAGUGACGCCGAGCUGAGAACGAAGGGGGUAAUAAUUAAGAGACAGACGGGUUCUUGUUGUUGUUAUUAAAGAGUUAAAAUUCGACAUUGUACAACUCCAGGCCGCGGAGUGGGGGCGGCGCUGCUGGUGAAGGAGACAGAGGAGCGCGUUACGUGAAAGAAACACUGUCCGCCCCGUAGGAACGUGAAACCACCAUUACCAAGCCGGUGUUGCCGGAAGUGUGUGUGUGUCAGUGCCCUUCAGUGUUUCCGGUAUGGCCUCCGCGCUGUACGCCUGCACCAAGUGUCACCAGCGAUACCCGUUCGAAGAGCUCUCCCAGGGACAGCAGCUGUGCAAGGAGUGCCGAAUUGCUCAUCCGAUUGUGAAAUGCACAUACUGUAGAUCAGAAUUUCAGCAGGAGAGUAAAACCAACACGAUAUGCAAGAAAUGUGCACAAAAUGUUAAGCAGUUUGGCACCCCCAAGCCUUGCCAGUACUGUAACAUCAUAGCUGCAUUCAUUGGCACCAAGUGUCAGCGCUGCACCAACUCAGAGAAAAAAUAUGGACCUCCUCAGACAUGUGAACAAUGCAAGCAACAAUGUGCUUUCGAUCGGAAGGAGGAGGGAAGAAGAAAGGUUGAUGGAAAGCUGUUGUGUUGGCUUUGUACGCUCUCCUACAAGAGGGUUCUUCAGAAGACUAAAGAGCAACGGAAAAGUCUGGGAUCAACCCAUUCAAAUUCGUCUUCCUCUUCUCUUACGGAGAAAGAUCAGCAUCAUUCUAAACACCACCACCACCAUCACCACCACCACAGGCACAGCAGCAGCCACCACAAAAUUAGUAGUCUAAGUCCAGAACCAGAGCAGGGAAUAUGGAAGCAAAGUCAUAAAUCCAGUACAGUGAUUCAGAAUGAAACUCCAAAGAAAAAGCCCAAACUGGAAUUCAAGCCAUCUAAUGGAGAUAGUAGCUCCAUCAAUCAGUCCACAGACAGUGGAGGCACAGACAACUUUGUCUUGAUCAGCCAGUUAAAGGAGGAAGUGAUGUCUCUGAAGCGUCUCUUGCAGCAAAGAGAUCAAACUAUUCUUGAAAAGGACAAAAAGCUAACAGAGUUGAAAGCAGACUUCCAAUACCAAGAGAAUAAUCUGAGGACAAAGAUGAAUGGUAUGGAUAAAGCUCACAAAGAUUUUGUUGAACAGUUGCAGGGCAAGAACAGAGAAUUACUGAAACAGGUUGCCGCUUUGUCGAAGGGUAAAAAAUUUGACAAAAGUGGGAGUAUACUUACAUCUCCUUAAGGAAAAGUUCAACAGAAGGACACGGCGUAAUUCUGUGAAGCCCUUAAAAACACGUAGGGGAUGACGGGUAAAUUCUCAGUACCCUGGUAACAUUUGUUGUUUUUUUUUUGUUUUUUAUAUAUAUAGCUAGUACUUGGGUUUUUAUUACUACUAAACCAACUGCAACAAAGCAA